UUCGUACUGGAUCAUCUGCUUUUAUUGUGAAACCUCUGAUCGGAAAUGACGCUUCCCUCUUUAAUCCCUAUCCGCCGAGUCUGCCUUCAUUGAGCCACCCGAACCGAACCGAACCUGAUCCUUUCUGUGAAGCAUGGGGCCGACAGGUGAAGUGGCGUUCGGCAGCCCGGCGGCAGUCUGCGUAGAGAACCGUCUGCGCUGGGACCUGAGCCCGGAGCAGAUCCGGCAGCGCUCCGACGACCUGAUCCAAAACACUAAGGAGGUUUACGACGGUGUGGGCCGGCUGGAGCUGGACGCCGUUACCAUGGAGAACACGCUGAAGGCGCUGGCCGACGUGGAGGUGGAGUACACUGUCCAGAGGAACACGCUGGACUUCCCCCAGCACGUUUCUCCCUGUAAGGACGUCCGGGCAGCCAGCACCGAAGCUGAUAAGCGCCUGUCCGAGUUCGACGUGGAGAUGAGCAUGAGGGAGGACGUCUACCUGAGGAUCGUCGCCCUGCAGAAGAAGACGGAGGGCACCAGCAUCGCUCCGGAGGCUCGCCGCUACAUGGAGCGACUGAUCAAGCUGGGCCGGAGGAACGGCCUGCACCUGCCCACCGAGACCCAACAGGAGAUCAAGAGCAUCAAGAAGAAGCUGAGCAACUUGAGCAUCGACUUCAACAAGAACCUGAACGAGGACACCACCUGCCUGAGCUUCACCCGGGAGCAGCUGGGUGGGCUCCCUGAGGACUUCCUGAGCUCUCUGGAUCAGGACGGCGACCAGCUGAAGAUCACGCUCAAGUAUCCUCACUACUUCCCCACCAUGAAGAAAUGCUUUGUUCCAGAAACCCGCAGGAAGCUGGAGGAGGCUUUCAACUCCCGCUGCAAGGAGGAGAACUCGGUGAUCCUGAAGGAGCUGGUGAAGCUGCGAGCUCAGAAGAGUUCCCUGCUGGGCUUCAGCACCCACGCUGACUUCGUCCUGGAGAUGAACAUGGCCAAGUCUGCCAAGAAGGUGGCCAGCUUCCUGGAGGACCUGUCCAGGAAGCUGAAGCCUCUGGGUGAGGAGGAGCGCUCCAUCCUGCUGCAGCUGAAGCAGAAGGAGUGUGAGAAGCGAGGUUUUGUCUUUGAUGGACAGCUGCACGCCUGGGAUACGCGCUACUUCAUGACCCAGGUGGAGGAGACCCGAUACGCGGUGGACCAGAACCUGCUGAAGGAGUUCUUCCCCAUGGAGGUGGUGACCCGCGGGCUGCUGGAGCUGUACCAGGAGCUGCUGGGCCUGAGCUUCCAGCUGGAGGCGGCGCCGUCUGCCUGGCACCCCGACGUGACGCUCUAUUGCGUCAGGGACCGCGCCACCGGCCACGUGGUGGGCCAGUUCUACCUGGACCUUUACCCCAGGGAGGGGAAGUACGGCCACGCCGCCUGCUUCGGCCUGCAGCCCGGCUGCCUGCUGCCCGACGGCUCGCGCCAGAUGUCGGUGGCGGCCAUGGUGGCCAACUUCAGCAAGCCCACUGCGGCGGCGCCAUCGUUGCUGCAGCACGACGAGGUGGAGACCUACUUCCACGAGUUCGGACACGUCAUGCACCAGCUGUGCGCCCAGGCAGACUACGCCAUGUUCAGCGGGACGCACGUGGAGCGCGACUUUGUGGAGGCGCCGUCCCAGAUGCUGGAGAACUGGGUCUGGGAGGCGGAGCCUCUGCAGAGGAUGUCCCGCCACUACAAGACGGGAAAACCCAUCCCGGCAGAACUCCUGGACAAACUCAUCAAGUCCAGGCUGGCCAACACCGGGCUGUUUAACCUGCGGCAGAUCGUUCUGGCCAAGGUGGAUCAGGCUCUGCACACCAGAACCGGACUGGACCCAGCAGAGGAGUACAGCCGACUCUGCCGGGAGAUCCUCGGGAUCCCUGCGUCACAAGGAACCAACAUGCCGGCCACCUUCGGCCACCUGGCGGGCGGCUACGACGCCCAGUAUUACGGCUACCUGUGGAGCGAGGUUUUCUCCAUGGACAUGUUCUACGCUCGCUUCAAGCAGGAGGGCAUCAUGAACCCCCAGGUGGGUCUGGACUACAGGAAGUUCGUCCUGCAGCCUGGCGGCUCCGAGGACGCGGCGGACAUGCUGAGGAAGUUCCUGGGCCGGGAGCCCAAACAGGAAGCCUUCCUUCACAGUAAAGGGCUGACGGUGGAGCCGGACGCCGGCACGCCCUGCCCCUGCUGACCAAUCACAGCAGCCGGCCACGCCCUGCCCCUGCUGACCAAUCACAGCAGCCGGCCACGCCCCAGUCUGAACUGUGGACUGAAUUUUCUAGAAAAAUCCUGUAAAAUGUUCCAGAGAAUAAAAACUUGAGUUCAUCUGA